AUGUCGUUUAUGCGAUUAUAUGCACAUGCAGACUGUCUUGUUGCGGGAAAAUAUAGGAUAAAUAGAAGAAUAGGUGGUGGUUCUUUUGGUGAUAUCUAUUUGGGAAUAAACAUUGGAAAUGGCGAGGAGGUAGCAGUGAAGGUGGAGAGCAUAAAGGCUCGGCACCCACAGCUGUUAUAUGAGAGUAGAGUGUAUAAGAUGCUCCAAGGCGGUGUUGGAAUACCACAUAUAAGAUGGUUUGGAUUCGAGCGGGACCACAACAUUCUAGUGAUGGACUUACUGGGUCCCUCACUUGAGGACCUAUUUAACUUCUGCUCACGGCAGUUUACUAUCAAGACUGUCCUCAUGUUAGCAGAUCAAAUGCUGGGUCGUGUGGAGUUCAUCCACUGCAAGUGUUUUAUUCACCGCGACAUAAAGCCGGAUAACUUUCUUAUGGGUAUCGGACGGCACUGCAACAAGCUCUAUAUGAUCGACUUCGGUCUUGCCAAGAAGUACCGAGAUCUGCGCACACGCUCUCACAUUUCAUAUCGCGAGGAUAAGAACCUCACCGGUACUGCUCGGUACGCAUCAAUCAACGCGCAUCUUGGCAUUGAGCAGUCGCGGCGGGACGACAUGGAGUCGCUUGGCUACGUCCUUAUGUACUUUAAUAGAGGAUCGCUGCCGUGGCAAGGUCUCAAGGCCAUCACCAAGAAGCAGAAGUACGAACGUAUCAGUGAGAAGAAGAUGUCUACCCCCGUCGAGGUGCUUUGCAAGGGCUUCCCAGCGGAGUUCGCGAUGUACUUGAACUACUGCCGCGGUCUCACCUUCGAGGAGUCUCCCGAUUAUAUGUAUUUGAGACAGUUAUUCCGUAUCCUGUUCCGUACGAUGAGCUACCAGUACGACUACACGUUCGACUGGACCGUCCUGCGCCAGCGCAAGCAGCACAACGAGUCUGCUACCCUCGGAGCAGCCGCUGGCGCAGCGCCCGACCGACGCUCGCCCUCUGUGCAGCGACGCCAGCCAGCGCCGCAUCCACAGCCGCCGCCCAUUAGCGAUGUAAAGUCGGUGCAAGACACGAAAGCUAAGCAAGUAAAGGGCCAUCAAUCCGGGAGCCAGUUGAAGUUAAAACUAACUGCCAUAUCUUAA